AUGAUCGCCUUAUUUCGAAUUGGUAUCAUUUUAUCUGCCUAUAUUUCAGGCGUCUAUCUACAAAACCUCUGUUCAUCGUACUUCACUUUUUCACACUGGCCGCAAAAACAGUCGCUUAAAGACACAAUAAAAACUGCUGAGUUCACCUCUGCAACUUUGAUAGCUUGCGCAUUAAGAUGCAACACGAGAAGCCACUGCGAUAAGGCGACCUUUGACAGAGACACUAAGAGAUGCUCUCUUUAUCAAAACAAGGGAAAAGAUUCCACUGAUAUCCAUGCCAGCGACGUAGAUCCAAAGUUAAGAAUUGUGACCCUGAGAAAGGUAAGACAUCUAGUAAAUAGAUACCUUUUCUGUGCGGCUAUAAGCUUUUCAAGUUUGGAAAAUGCUUGAAAUGCUCAUUCAGUUCUUAUCAAUGUUGAGUGCAGGCGAAGGUCUCUUUGAAAAAUAUAUCUUACACUGACAAGUCUAACAUUAAGUUUCAACGUUUUCAAUCUUGAAAUGCUCUGUAAAUCAAUCUAAAAGAAGAAAUGUUUCCUCGUGAGAGAUCCAGAUUUCUUCUUUACCUUACAUCCAUAACAAAACGAGUCACAUCUGUCUUCAUUUUAUGGCCGAGUUCAUUUUUUGCCAUUCCGUUUACUCGCACGAAUCUUUCGAUAUUACUGAACCAAGCUAUGUUAAAGAGGGUUUUCACAAAUGAAGAAAGAUCCAUAAUAGCACAGUAAACUUAGUAGUAGGGCAUCGAAGCACGAAAUUCCACGGUCUGGGGUUCAUUUCCUUGUAGAGGACACGCUCGAGAAAGAACGAAAGCUUACUUUUUUUCCCUUUCUUUCUUUCUUUCUUUCUUUCUUUCUUUCUUCCUUCCUGUGUUUGUUUCUUUGCUUCUUUGUUUCUUUCUCUCGGAAAUGGCUUCUAUCAGACAAAUGCACUUUUACUCGCAAUAAUUUACAGUCCAUCAUUUCUAAGCAUAUUUAAAACCACAUUUUUAGCAUUAAAAUUCGUACCAAAUCAGCUUAGUUUGAGAAACGUCUAAGAGAAGAAGAUAAUUUCGCAGUUAAGGUUUUGCACGUUCGCUUUAAAUAAUAUACUCUCUUUUGCUCCUUUUUCUGCCGCAUUGUGUAAGUAGUUUAUAAAAAAAACAAAGAAAAUUCAUGGUAAUUUUCUUUAAUCAACCAUGUCGUUGAAAUGACCAUGAAGAUGUUUAAAUAAAGAAUCAUUUGACUUCUUGUGUUUGUACAGCCCAACGAAGCUGUCACUUCAAUACACUCAGACCCGCUAUCAGACUUCCCAUCGCAUGACAGAAACUACUCAAGCAGCCAAAACAUACACAAAAAAAACUGAAAAUUGAAAUCUUUGAUGUAUCCGUCAGAUUUUUGUGGCAACAAAACACGUUUUUCGAAGUUGCCAAUUGAUUGCGUCCAAAUAAUAUAAACAUUUCAUUCAUUCAGCAUACGAUAUGUUAUAACUUACUACGAGGAUGUAUCAGUCAAUUUUGAAAUCGAUCUUCCAUUGGCUUCGAGAUGGUGGCUUUCGUAAAGCUAUCAAUAGUUAAUUGCAAGAUUUCUAUUUUAACACCAAUCAAGAGGUUCAAUUUUACGCGUGACGCCUCUCUUUUUUUCAAAAGACAUAUGUGCCUGAGUGGAUAUUACAAGGGUACUUCUUUCGAUCUUUUUUUUAAAAUGGACUCAGCUCGUCAACCGCUGCUGUUGGACCAUGAUUUUUCCUGUACUUUAUCUUUUGAUUCCUGUAAAGGUUCCAGGUUACAAGCUUUCCUUGCUACAAGCAUUCAAUGUUACAAGCUUUCCAUCUUAAAAGCCUUCCAUGUUACGCGUCCUUCCUUCUUUAAAAGCUAUAGCCUGUCAGUUUUCACACAAAGACACUUUACAAGAAAAAUUCUGCUAACUUUUUGAACAUUAGUAAGUACAAAAAAUGACAAACAAAACACGCUAUGAGUGCCAAACUACUCGAAAAAUAUGAAAUAAAAACUUAUUUUUCGUUUCCUCAAAAGGUUCCGAUUCUUCCAGUGAGCGAAGAUCUGGAAGGAAGCUGUCCUUAUGGUAUUGACAACAAUGAUGAUAACCGUGGUUCCGUCUCUUCAACGAUAAAAGACGAUCAAACAACGAUGAGGGCUUCGUGUAGCGAUAUCUUACAACAAAAUAGGUGGGUGCAUUCCAGUUUUAAGGAAUAUGAAAAGUCAAGUCAGCCUAUUUCAUAAUUACUUUUGCAUUAUCUGAUUGCAAAGUUAGCGUUCAUGCCUCUCUUUCAUAAACGAUACUAGCUAUAAAAUGUUUUCAAAUCGUCUCUGAAUAGAACAAAAAAUAAUUUUUUCAUUUUUACAGCCAUCUAAGUUGCACCCUCUUGAAAUUUUCUGAACUUAUUAUCAAACUGUGCCCCUUUCAGCUUUGAGGACUAUUUUCGUAAUGACGAGUGUUCAUUGUCGCUCUUCAUUUUGAAGACAGAUCUUACCAGAACAGAAAUUAUACGCGUUUUGUUUCUCAAUCGAAGGUGCGGGGUUGGAGCCAAAAAAACACCUGUUCAUGAAAUAAAAUAGUUUUGUAAAGAAUAUUACACGAAUCCGAUUAAAAUCAUCUGCAUGUAUUGACCGUUUGAAUGGCUCUGCAUGACACGAAAGUUGACUUAUUUGUCAAAAAUUAAUUUUUAGAAAAUAUUGCCAAAAGAAAUGUCACAAUUGUCAAAUAACAAAAAGCAUCACCAUCUGUUGUAGACAUCACUGUAAAAUUUGAUCGUUGCUUCUGACUUUGAGAAUUAAAAGGGAAGAAAUCAUGUGCAAAAAAACUAUGUAAAAGUCACUUUAAAAUUGAAAUUACACUGUCUUCGGUGGCAAAAUUCAUAGCUAAUUUCAGCGAUAGACCACACUUCUUAUGUUUUAUCGGUGCAACAAACGGUAAGUUUUUAACAAAUCAGGGCGCUGGUAAUACCUCAUUUAUUUCAUAAACAUCAACUGCUGAGAGCCUUCUUUAAAAUUCAAAUCUUACACCAAAGCUCAAGCCCAAGUGGUUUUUACAACAUAACAACUGGUGGAGAUACGUGGAAAACAUAUUGCAGUAUGGGGAGAAUUCCUGGAUGUGGAGAAGGAGGCUGGACACUAGUAAUGCGAAUCAAUGGGUUAAAGGUUUGUUAUAAAUUUAAUGGUCGCCUAGAUGUUCUAUCUGCCUGUCAGGCUGUUUGACAGAAUAACUGAUUGAAGUAGUUUUAAGUUGAGGUUAACAAAACCAAAACCAAAGUAAUCACAACAGCCAAUCGGAGCGAAGGUUGCAACAUCAUUAGCCAAUGAGAAUUCAAAGUAAAAACCAAUAAAUUGCUUGAAACGCGAGAAAACGCACGUGACCAAACCAUUUUGGCCUAAGUUUUGAAUGUUAUUGGUUGAGAUACAGGCGCAAGUUUUCUGAAACAAUCACUGAGCGAAGUUAAAAAAGGUUUCCUAUCGACUCUCAAAUAGCAACCAACUUACUGCCUGACUCACUCACAAAGGUGAUCAGUAGGAUUCAUAUAAAAAAAAGCCCCUUGGAGCCAUUUUAGACCCAUUUUAUUAUGAAUGUAGAAUUUUUGGCCAAGAAUUCAACUCGACGAACUCCGUUCAGGCUUAUACCCUGACCUCUCUAUUUGGGAAACACAGCGUGUCAAUUUGAAUAAAACGUCUAACAGAGAACUUCUUACCUUAUAGAAGACCUUUGCUUAUGAUUCCCCUCAGUGGGCCACAAGAUCUCCAUAUCAAACUGUCGACAAAUUGGUAGAAGCCAAACUCCCUGGUUACUGGCUUAGCUCUUUCAGCAGAAUAUGUGUCACCAUGAAAUUUUCAUCCCAGGAUAAAAAGGUCAGCCUGUUGUUAAACCAUACCGACAGCUCACUUCACGCAGCUUUAAACGGGGGAACGACCAAGAACUGGAGAGGAGAACUGUCCAACAUGACACAACCUCCCUGGAUCUCACCCAGUAUAAAUACCAGCUGUUUGGAGCAGGGCUUCAACCUGUCUUCUCAGCUACCAUUAACGAAAGUCAAAACACAAGUUGGAAUACAGACCCAGACACAAAUCUGUUCCUUUCCAUAUUUGGUACGAGGUUUUGGUUUUGGAUAUCAGCACCCCAAUCCGAUAAAUUCUGAGAUUAGUUGCGGAGAUAUUAUUAGCCCUCCACCAACUCUACAGACAUAUGCAGCUUUCUGUAGAAUCUACGUUCAGUAG